AUGGGUACAUCUACGUUUAUGAUAUUAAAUGAACUUCGAGGAAAAUGGUCAGAGAUGAAAAAAGAAUGUUCAGUUCAUUUACCUGCAAAUCGGCGGCCACUUCGGGGACUCUUUACAGAGUGGGAUCCUUUCACCGCAGAGCCCUUAGCGGGGCUGUCCUGUCUCCUGUGCUUGUCGGGGUGCCAGGUCCCCGAGGCGCACUGCAGCACAGUCUGGUCCCAAGAGCCGAGCCACCCUGAGGCCCGGGCCUGCCUGCAUGCCCCGACACCAACUCCCUGGGUGGGAUGGGGGACCCGGCGGGAAACGCUUCCUAGGGGUGGGGGUCCCGUGGGCUCUACUUACACCUUGCUUGACCCUGGGGUACUGGGGGCAGGGCGGGGGGAGAGGUUUGGCGGAACGUGUUCCCGGGGGACUCCGAACCAUCUGGAAAGAGCACGGGAUGAAAAGGUCCCCUCUCCUGCCAGUGUCCCCCUCUCUGCCAUUUUUGACCGCCACCCCAGCUUCUCUUUGAAGUUCGCCUCAAUAUCUGCCGGAGGGAGCCAGUCAGGCCUGAACUGGGCAGGGUGGCCGCCCGGGAGCCGGAGAGUGAGGACCGGCGCAGCGGGGCACAGCGGCUCGGGGACACCCGCCUCCGUCUUCUGCUUCUUGGGGCCGAGCACCCGAGGGCGCCUUUCUCCUUUUCUGGACUUGGGGACCCCGGCUUUCGCCGCCCGACUCAGCCUAAUUCUGCAAGUUUCUCUCCUCUGUUACCAGACGGCUCUUCCCUGGGGGCGUCUAUUCCCUGGGAUGCCGCCCCUUUCCCGCUUCCACUUCCGAAGCCAAGUGUGUUCCGAGAAUCUGUUUGGGACACUGAAAGCUUUGGGGACCCCGGUCUCCGAGUGCCCCCUGCGGUCGCGGCUGCCCCUCGGAAGGGUUGGAACAAGCAUGCGUUUGUGGCGGAGGUUAUUAUUUCAGGAUCCUAUCCAGGAGACCACAUUAUACGCCAAACCAUCUUUCAAAGGGGCCGUACCAUUUUGCAUUCCCACCAGUGAUGAGAAGGAGCUCCUGCUGCUCGACAUCUUUGUCAGCACUUGUCUAUCGGAAAGUAUAGCUUUCCAUGCUGAGAUCUUGAAUGCAUUGGACUGGCUGGUGAUACUGGAAACUUUAUCAGCAUUCUAUGUUUAUGUAACUUUGAUUUGGAGGUAAAGGAAGAAGUCAUUGGGGGCCAGAUCAGAUGGGGUGAGAAGGAAGGAAAUGAAUACUUUUAAAAUAUAGUAGAGAUAGGAAAAGUUAGAUACAUUGUUUUCAAAACUUGGUGGUCCUCAACAGGUUAUGUCUUGCACAAUCAAGAAAAAACAGCUGCUUUUGGUUUCACUAUAAUCAAUAUUGGUCAAUAUGACCCUUGGUGUCUCCCCCCUCCUUCCUUCUCCCACCCCCUUUGCUGUAUCCUAGGGAGUAUAUCUCAAAUGAAUAAUACUUGGAUUAGAAAAUUCCUACCCACUCCAAUAGUUUAAUGGAAGGACAGUGAACCACAUACAUUGAAAUCAGGAGGCCAGCAUAACCAACAGGAGGUAGCAGGGAAGGGCAAUGGAAGAUGUAUUGCUAUUUAAGAUUUACUGAACUCGGUAGCAUAACAUUGCUCUAAGAAAAAUGCUCUAAAAAACAUGGUGUCUGCCUUGAAGGGUUACGAUCUAAAUUAGACAGAUGAGACAAGUAGGACAGAAAGUCACCAUAAGAAAGCAUAUAUCCUCAGAGUGAAAUAUUUUUGAGGUCUAUGCAAAUUUUAAGAUCCAACAAACUUAGAGUGGAAUUCAGCUAAGAGAGAAUAAAAACAAUUGUCUUCAUUCUCCUUACAUGAAUUUUCUUCAAUACAGCACCAUAGAAAAUAUCUUUUGGUCUGAGCAAAUCUGUGUCUCCGUCCCACUCUUAGGAUGAGUUUAAGAAAAUAAAAGUUCUGUGUUAAUACACAGGACCAAAAAUAUAUUUCCUCACUAUGCCUCUCUGAAGGCAGGAACCCUGAGCCCCAGACUGAAGUGAUCAGUCUUUGUGAAAAGAGUUUAGCAGUUAAAACAACUGAGUUGCAUGUCUUUGCUCAGGAAAGAUUGGCAAUUAUGCCAAAUUAUGUCUAAUAGUUUUAGAAUGUGGAGUAGUGUUUAUUAAUGUCUGAAGGGAGGUCCUAAAUCUCCUUUUCCCCCCAAAUUCCAGUUUUGACUUUAACUGUCAUUUUAAAAGAUGAAAGAACUGGCUUCAUUAAGCAAAGGAGCCUUGAAUUUCACUUUUUAAUUUAAAACACACACACAUACUACACCUAUUUCUAUUUGACAAGACUAGUUAUCUUCCUAAGUUUUCACCUCAUUUGUUCAUGAUAUUUUAUUGGAUAUGAAAUAUGAACAUCAUUCUCUAGUUGAAGCCAAUUUUUCGUUUUUGCUAGUUAACUUGCACUGUUGGCUACUAUAUAGUUUGUUACUCUUCUUGGGCUUAUAAAUGACUAUUAAAUACUUAUGAAUUUCAUUAUUCAUUUAAAAUGUUGAAUUCCUUUUGAUGAAUAGUACACAUAAACUCUGGAAGGGGAACAAGAAGUAUGUGUACAUAAAUCACCAAACUGAAAAAACAAACAAACAAAGAAAAAAAAUAGAAUUCCUGGCCUUCUUGGCUUUCUUGUUUGUAGUUUUUCAAAUUUGCAGGUAUUUAUUUGAUGUCUGUUAUGGUAAAAUUGUAGGAAGCAGUUUAACACUGGAUCUCUACCCAGUAUGGAAAAUAAGACAAACAUAAAGUCAAAUAACAAACAAAGAUUUAAACAACUGACAAAAGCAGGAGAGGAGAUGUUAUCGGACAGUUCCUCGUCAGUUUAAGUGAGUGAACGCACGCAGCUCUGGGUUUAGAGGAGGUGAGGUGAUAUUGAGUAAGGUUAUGUUAGACGGGCUGAGGAGGAGCUGACCACCAAGUUUUAGAGGGAGUGGAAUUACAGAUGGAUAUUGAAGAGGAGGUGUGGUUUGCUGGAAGAAGAGGAGAGGAAGGGCCAAAGCUUUCAGGAAAUAAGGUCCUUAAAUUAUUGUACUAAUUUUGACACAUGAAGGGCUCUAGCACAUUUAUUGAAUAAUAGUCAACACCCUCCACUGCUCCUUAAGAAACAUCUGAUAUGUGUUCUCCUUGACGUGACCUACCCUACCCUCUGCGUGGAAAGGGACAUCGGAAAAUUGCAUUGGGAGCUCCACAGAGUUCUCCACAACUUCCUGGGAAAAGUGCACUUGUCUUCUGAACAUAGCAGUGAGGCCGACUUUGCCUGUGUGUGCGUUCCAUAUGCAUUGCUCUGGCCAGGCCCAGCUGAGGAAGAAACGCAUGUUAUGCACCAUGAGCUUUGGAUUGUACACCAAACAUCCUCUGCCAUCUUUCUACUUGGCUGUCCGGGUGUGUUUGAUGGGAUGGUACAGAAACUUAGCCAUGGUCUCCCAGCUGCCCCCAGCCUGGGCAGGGGUAUCAUAGUCCAUCCAGGUUUUACAUGAGUACCAGGAGCAGGGAGUGACAAAGCUCUUCCCUAUCUGCAUUGGAGACUUGAAACAACAGCAGCAAGUGAUUUGGCAGGAAAAGAAAUUAUGGGAGAAACACAUGCUUGUGACAAUGGAAAUAAUCCUGACGCAUAUACUACAGUAAAAAGUACAAGUCCCUGCUAUUUAUCCUCCCAUAUUAUUUCCCUCUUUGGAGGUAAUCAUUAUUAAAAGUUGAGUGUUUACUUAAAAUUAAAUAAAACACAAGUGGAAUCACAUGAUGCAUUUUUAAAAAGUUAGCAAUAUAAUUUAGCUUUCCCCCUCAGUACAUGUUGAUCUACAGCAUUCUUUAAAUGACUGCAUCAUUUUCCAUAGCUUGAUGGAACGAUGAUUUAUUUAAUGACCUUCCUAUUUGUGGGCAUGUAGGUUGUAUCCAAAGUUUUCUUACAAUGAACAUCUUGUAAUAUAUUUUUGCUCACUCAUUCAAGCAUUGGUAUGUUUAGUUCCUAAGAGUACUGAGUCAUAGGGCACGGACAUUCAAACCGUUAAUAAAUACUGCUAAAUGGAAUAAAAAACAUUGUACCAAUUUAUGGUCUCACAAAGAAUUUAUGAGAGGACCCAUUUUUUUCACAUUCUCGACAACAGGAGGUAUGACCAAUUUUUUAAAACAACUUUAGCACUCCUAUGGGGGAAAAGAGCAUAAUUUUUACUUAGAUAAUAAUUCCCUUAGAUUAAAAAUAAUUUCAAGUUAAUUGGUAAUUUAUGUUUCUUCUAGGAAUUGUCAACUUGUGGUCUUUAUAAAGCUUUUCUGCUAGGCUCUUUGUCUUAUUGUUUUAAAAUCUUUAUUCCCACAAAUUUAUUUUAUAUUCCAAGACAACUUUUGGUCUUAGGGAGUCUGAUGAACUGAAUAAGAAGGCAGUUUCCAAUGCUGACUUUUCUCUCCUGACUUCUGGAUGCACAGAAAAAGCACCGGCCCUGGGGAUCAAGAGCCUGAAGUUGUCUUCCUCCUGUUAUCAACUAAUGGUGUGACCUGUGGCAUGCCACAUAACUGUCUUUUUUU